GACUGUUUUGGUGCCUGUCCUCGAAGUAAUAGAGUUUAUUUUCUGUAGCCCUUGGCUUGAGGGUACAAAUUUUAUUUUAGACAGGGGUCGACGAAUUAUAUUUCGAGAGGGAUCGACAGAUAAAUUUCCCCUUUUCCUUCACUCCUGUGCACCCAACACACAUUCCAUGGGGCUGACAAAGACUUACAAGGAUGGCACCACGCCAUCUAUCGCCGUUAUCGGUGCAGGAUUCUCUGGUCUCUGUGCUGCCAUCCGAUUGCAGACUCAGCUCGACAUCUCAUCUUAUCGAGUCUUUGAGCUUGAACCCGAUAUUGGAGGCACAUGGUGGUCUAACACCUACCCCGGCUGUGCCUGCGACGUCAAGUCCCACAACUAUGCGUUCUCGUUCGAGCCCAACUACGAGUGGUCUCGGGCGUAUGCACCUCAACAAGAAAUCUGGGAAUAUUUGCGCAGGACGGCCCGCAAAUACAAUCUGUAUGACAAGAUCAGCUUCCGAACCGAAGUUACACACGUGGAAUGGAACGAAGGUCGACAGAAAUGGGUGCUUGAUUACGUGGAUCUGAACACUGGACACGCUGACAGGAUGGAGGCCGACGUGGUGUUCUCGGGGAUGGGACCACUGAGGAUCCCCCAUAUCCCAAAGGAGUUUGAAAGCUUUGAGGGGCCAAAGUGGCAUACCGCCCAGUGGGAUCAUUCGUAUGAUUUAACGGACAAGCGCGUUGCUGUUGUCGGAAGUGGUGCCAGCGCGAUCCAAGUCGUGCCGUCCAUCGUGGAGAAAGUCAAGACCUUGGAGUACUAUCAACGCACGGCCUCAUAUGUCAUUCCGCGUCGCAAUGCUCGCUAUAGCGCCCUCUGGAAGUGGAUGUUCCGCAACAUCCCUUUCUUUCACUUCACCUACUAUAAAAUCCUCUACUGGUCAUCCGAAUCCCUAAUUGGGGCUUUCUCUUCCAAGCUCAAGGACAAGGUUCCCCGCGCUACCGUCGCCUUCUUAGCCUGGGUCUUUCGAUAUUUUCAUGUUCGCGAUAAGACCCUUCGCCAGAAACUGACACCGACCUAUGAGCUGGGCUGCCGACGUAUCGUUGUCUCGUCCAACUACUUCCCUGCCCUGACGCGCAAGAACCUUAAUGUCCACACUGAGAGGAUCGCAAGUGUGAAGAGCAAUACGUUGACGUUGAGCGAUGGAUCUGUCCAGGAGGUCGACGCUUUGAUUUUGGCUACCGGAUUCCGUGCGCAGGACUUCCUUCUCGAAGGCUUCUUGAUUGGCGAGGACGGUUGUGAUGUGGCGAAGGUGUUCGGCAAGAACCCUAACACAUACUACGGCUUGACAUCGCCGGUAACGCCAAACCUAUUUUUCCUCUUGGGACCAAACACAACGCUGGGACAUAACUCUGUGCUGUUCAUGAUCGAGGCCCAGGUCGAGUACGCGAUCAAGGCGAUCUCCUACAUGAUGGAGAAGAACCUGACAUCCAUUCGGGUGUCUGAGAAGGCAAGCAGGGACUUUGUAGACGAGGUAGAUGAGAGGAUGAAGGGCAUGGUGUGGUCAUCGAGCUGUAAGAGCUGGUAUCAGAACGAGGAUGGUAAGGUGACAGCACUGUGGUGGGGAUCCUGCACACGCUAUUGGUGGCGCCUGCGAAAGUUUCAUCCAGAGCGGUUUGUGGGCGUCCAGAGCAUUUAACUAGCCUCCUACGCUGAAGCUACGAAUAAUUUGAGGUUGCAAAGAAUAAAUCUAGUUG